AGUUGUCGUGUGAGUGAAGCUGUGAGUUGAGAGUCCAGGAGAAGUUACCUGUUUGUGACAGCUCGUCUUGUAACGACACCGCUGAACGGUUCCUCCCGCUGCCCGGUGACAACAUGGCCUCGUGGGUCAUCCACAUGGCGCUGAUGCUGCUGUCCGUCCUCAGCAGCCAGGGGAAGAGGGACCAGCAGCUCUACUGCUCCGCAUGCAAGGCGAUUGUGGAUGAACUGAACUACUCGAUCAGUCAGGUGGACCCAAAGAAGACCAUCAACGUGGGCGGCUUCAGACUCAACACUGAUGGCACCAUGAGAGACAGAAAGGUUCCUCUGGCCCGCUCCGAGUCUCACCUCAGCGAGCUCGUGGAGGCGGUGUGCGGCAGCAUGAGCGACUACGCGCUGCACGUGGACCCCGCCACGCGGCAGCGGGCCUACAGGAGGUUUGCCCCCCGGGACAGCGGGGCCCUCGGGGACUUCCCCGACUUCAACAACUUCCAGUUCGACGGCCCCGACGCGUCCAACGCGCUCAAGUUCGCCUGUGAGGCCGUGGUGGAGGAGCUGGAGGAUGACAUCAUCUCUCUGUUCAGCCGGGAGGCGGAGCAUGAGCACCAGGAGUUAUGCAGCAGAGUCUCAGACUACUGUGAAGACGACCGGGCCCCGAAGCAGGAGCUCUAGAGCUCUGGGGGUCCAGCAGGAGGUGGGACCACUUUUAUAACAAAGAUCAGGAAAAAGACUUUUUCACCAAACAUGUUCAAUCUUUAUAAAUAAAUCAAAGAAAAAAUCAUGACAAACUA